AUGCGCAAUCCAUUAUACGCAAAAAAAAUAUCUGCACUUUUAAAAUACACACCCAUUCAGGAAAAGGGGAUGGUUAUAAAUACUUUUUGGGCAACAUUGGAAAAGCUACCAUAUUUAUUGUUUACUACAAGAAUAUUUACCAGAUACACGAGUUUAAAUACGCAUACUUCCUUACAGAUUGAAAAAUGGCCUAAAGAGGAUUAUGAAAAAUUCUUCAGUGGUGAUUUUUACAUCAUUUUAAACACAUAUAAAGACAAAGAGUCAGAUGAACUACUCUAUGAUGUCCACUUUUGGAUUGGAUCUCAUUUAUCGCAAGAUGAAUAUGGAACCACAGCCUACAAAACUGUUGAGUUGGACACUUUCUAUGACGACAAGCCUAUCCAGCAUAGGGAGGUUGAAGGUCAUGAGUCAGAGACCUUCAAAUCACAUUUCUCAUCCAUAACACUGAUGAAAGGUGGAGCAGCAUCUGGUUUUCGACAUGUCAAGCCACACGAGUACAACAAAAGGCUAUUUCAAGUGGUUGGUGAAAGAAAAAACAUUGCAAUAAAACAAAUUCCAAUGAAAAAAGGGAAUCUGAAUAGUGAUGAUGUCUUUAUUUUCGAUUUGGGACUGGAAAUUUAUCAGUACAAUGGAAAAAAUGCAAACAAAGACGAGAAGUUCAAGGCUACUCAAUAUGUGCAAAAGUUAAAAUCAGAAAGAGGCAAGGCUGAACUAGAAGUCUUGGAAGAAAAUGAUGUCAUACAUGGACACCCUGUGUUAAAUCAUUUGCAAGAUGGAAAGAGUAAAAGGAGAGUUCCAGAACCACCAAUUAACAAAUAUGGCAUGUAUUGCAUUAGUGAUGCAAAACGACACAUGACAUUCACACAGGUAUCAGAUGGUAAACUUAACAAAGCACUCCUAGACAGUAAUGAUGUCUUUUUAGUUGACGCUGGGGGACAUUUGUUUGUUUGGAUUGGCAAAGGAGCAUCGAUAGAUGAAAGGAAAAACUCAAUGGGUUAUGUACACAACUUUCUAAAGGAUAAAUGCAAUCCAUUUUGUCCUGUUACCUUCCUUGGAGAAAAGCAAGCAAAGAAAUCAAGAGAAUUUUUAGCAGCAUUUAAAUAAAUAAAAUCUGAAAGACAAAGUAGAGGAUAAUUUUCCAAAGAAUUUGUCAAAAUAACACGCUUUCUUUUCCUCUUAUAUUUUCAACCUUUCUGAGUGAUGAACAAAGAAACAGACAAAUUUAAGAGUGUCUAGAGCCAAGCUAGAUUGGUUAUUCACUCCAUAUAAAUUAUUAAAACUUUAUUACAGUUAUUUAUCGAUAUGCUUUUUAAUUUGGCGAUGGAAAAAUAUCUUAAAUUUGGCGUGCAUUUAAUUUGGCGUGCAUUUAAUUUGGCGAUGGAAAGAUUUUCUUUCAUUUUCAUGAUGCUUACAAAUUAUAUCCUAAAGCUUCAGAGGACAGAAAAGAUAAAAAAUAAAAGAAACUAUUUUACAGCCAAUACAAAUCCCGGAAAUAACCCAAAAAAAUGAAAAGAAGAAAGAAAAACACAAUAAUAUUGUAAUUAAUGAUUAGCUAACAAGUAAGUUGUAUUUAAACCUUGUUUUAAAAAUGACGACGUUUCGAAGAACACAUUUUUUUGUCUGUAAAAGAGUUGGAUUUUUAUGCGUUGAAUUUAGCGAAAUUUGAAAAAAAUUGGCGAGUAUUUAUUUUGACGAUGGAUGAAAAUAAUUGAAUUUAGCGAGCACUAUAUUUGGCGAUUUCAGACCAAAAUCGCCAAAUUUAGUGCUCGCUAAAAUUUGUACGAAUAAGCUAUACAAUUUUCUUCCAACCGAAACUGACUGCAAAUUUAAUAAUUUGGCAGAAGUUUAUAUUUGUGAAUACACCUUUAUGUGUAUUUAGCUUUUAAGAAGGUUAUUAAGGGGAUCGAUUUUGCGAGAAUCUAAAUUAGCCAAAAAUACUAGAUGUUUUUCGUUUGCCUCCUUUGCAAAUUUCUUUCAUUUGAAAUUUUUUUUUACCUACUUCCAGCACCACUGUCAGCAGCCACACACCACCAUCAAUUUUUAUAUACGGCCAGUGUUUACAUUUAUUUUAGAAACGUGUUAACGGCCAUAUGAUAAACAAUACUAUCGUUUGGUCUUUAUUAAAUAUUUUGUCAGCCAUUUUUAAUGUGCGCGGUCUACGGCAAGCUUUGAACGAACCAACAUUUCUUGACAAAUAAAGUGGUGGAAUUAAUAAACUUUGGUGCUUGAAACAAAUAAUUAACAUAGCAGUGUAAAAAUAAAGGAACUUAUAUAAUGAUUGUUUGUUAGCUACAUAUACGCAAAAUUGAUGAGAUUUCACUUUCUCCUAACUAACGCUCACAAAAAAUCAUUCUAGUUCAAUUUCAAUAAAAACGCUGAUUGUGGGCAUGUAAACAAAAGUUAUAAACUCGUGAAUCUGCCCACGAGGGAAAUGGCUAACAAAGAUUGCCAUUUGCACUGACUGAUCGUUUUAAUUUAAGGUUUGUGCCGGAGAUACACGAUGUUUUUCUUUUCCUUUAUUGUGUGUUAAAUUUGUAUAAUUUCAAUAAGGUUUUAUAUCCUGGUGAUAAUAAUUGAUAUUUUGCACCUCUGUAUGCCCUAAUUUCGCAUACCGUCAAUGACAAAUUAAGCGUCCCAUAAGCGCGCCGGGGUAAAAAAUAAAUUGUAAAUAAGCGCCUCUAAUAAUUUCUGUGUGCAAAAAAAAAAAAAAAAAAUGACAGAAACAACAAUUUGGAAAGAUUAGCACAAAGACAUUUAAUCUAGCGUGCAGAACUUAUUUUAAAAUGUACUAUUUAAUACAUAUUAUGCUUGUGGUGCAAAAGUUUCCGUGAAUGGAUUACAAGCUUCUUCUGAAAUUAUACAUUAGCAUUACUUUGGUUUUGAUAUAUAACUCAGAGAUUGGGUGUUAACAGUAGCUGGUGUUGGUAAUUGUUUAUUAUCUCUAUGUGAUCGAUUAUUUCAUUGUGAGUGCUACCCUCUGACGGAUGUUACGGAUUAAUUAAUUCGUAGCUUCGAUGAUUAUUGAACAAGUCAGGAGUAAGAUUUGGAGAAAAUGCUAGGUGAAACAUGAUUGACACGUCCAUUGAGAAGGUACUGCUAGAUGGAAACAAAUAUCAAAUAAUAGACGCUUUUGAUGACACCUUACUGUUUUCUUGCACAAAGCGAACGAUGGUACUUUUGCUCUGUGUUGGAGGGUCAGGGUUAAAUUCAAUGUCGUCACUGAGAAUAAGUUGUUGAGUUGCGCAAUCUAUAUAUUAAUACGCCUUGUGUGUGUGUGCGCACGGUGAGGCCACGUCACACAAAUCACAGGUCACUUUCUUACGACGUGGCGUUACGCUAAAAUUUACCAAGUUAAAGAAAACGCAAAUCAGGGGGUUACUAUAUAAAUAUUUAAUUCUCUUUUCUUAUUUUUUUUAUAAAAUAAAACUCUUUUUCCUUACUCAUUAAAACUAAUUUUUAUUUUA